AAAUUCAGCUCGAGCUCUGAACUGCUAGAAGAAGUGAAUAAUAUCCGACGUGGACUGCCAUUCAGUGAGGCGGUGCGCUUAUUUGGAACGACGCUUAACUUUUAUUCUUCGAAAGCAUAUCGAUUUGUCCGUAAGGCGUUCGACAAUACUCUCUCUCAUGAGAGAACAGUUGCAAGCUGGUACCGAACGGUAGACAGCGAACCUGGAAUAACGGUCGAAUCGUUAAACGUUUUGGAAGCUAAAUCGAAAGAGAUGACAGUCGGGCGUCAGCUAUUAGUGAGUUUGACAAUGGAUGAAGUUGCUGCUAGGCAACUUGUUGAGUGGAAUCCCCAAAAGAAGAAGUUUGAUGAAGUUGUCGAUUACGGUGCUUCGCUGUCGUUUUUAAUAGAAGGUGACGACGUGGUCACAGCUAAAGAAGACGACUGGAAGAUACCUGUUGCGUAUUAUCUUAUAAGCGGACUCAAAACACACGAUAAGAAGCAGAUUGUAGAAAGCGUAUUGAUUGCUCUACAAGACAAGGGCGAUUACAGUGUAGCGGUCAAACACUACACGACAGCCAUCCAGCGCAAUCCGGAGGAUGCAAAGUUGUACAGCAAUCGAGCGGCUUGUUACACGAAAUUAGCUGCUUUUGAUCUUGGUCUUAAAGAUUGCGACACGUGCUGUAGAUUGGACGAAACCUUCAUCAAGGGCUGGAUUCGCAAGGGAAAAAUUCUGCAAGUCAUGCAGAAAUCAUCGGAAGCUCAGACUGCCUACCAGAAAGCGCUGGAAAUUGAUCCCAACAAUGCCGAAGCACUGGAAGGAUACCGGGCGUGCACAAUGGCUGUGCAUUCGGAUCCGAAGGAAGUCUGGAAGAAGGCCAUGAACGAUCCGGAGGUACAGCAAAUCCUCAAGGAUCCAGCGAUGCGAAUCAUCCUCGAGCAGAUGCAGAAUGACCCGAAGGCGGUUCAAGAGCAUCUCAAGAACCCUCAGGUGGCAUCGAAGAUUCAGAAGCUGCUCGAGUCGGGCAUCAUCCAAAUCUAUUAAAGGCGAGAGCAUGCAUAACGAUGGGUUUCCGUAAGCAAGUGUGUUCAAAACAAGGUGUUAGGUAAAAUAAAAAUCCGGCAGGGUCAGCUAGCGCCAGUCGUCUGAAUCUGCUCAAAGCAAUUGGAUUUGUUUUCAUCAUAUUUUUAUCGAAUUACCUACAUCAUUUUUUUAAUGGCCC